AGGAGGAAAAUUAGUUCACCUGGUUCGACUCCUCUUUGCUGUCUCUACUCAUUUCGGAUUCUUGUUCCCCUUGGAGAAGAUAGAGCUUCAGAGACGACAAAGACGAGAUCUCUCGAUUCUUCUUUCCCUUUUUAUGCUGUUUUCCAAUCUAAUUCCAAUUAUUCUCUUGCUUAACUUUCCUUUCCAUUUCGGAAGCCGCGGGAAUCGACGAGGGCGUCAGCAUGAACGAAAAGGCCUCCGUUUCGAAGGAACUCAAUGAGAAACACCGAAAGAUAUUGGAGGGGCUUCUCAAACUGCCAGAAAACAGGGAAUGUGCAGAUUGCAAAGCCAGAGGUCCACGAUGGGCAAGUGUAAAUUUGGGUAUCUUUAUAUGCAUGCAGUGUUCUGCGAUCCAUAGAAGUUUGGGGGUACACAUUUCCAAGGUAAGGUCUGCCACACUAGACACAUGGCUCCCGGAGCAGGUUGCAUUUAUCCAAACAAUGGGAAACAAAAAGGCCAAUAGCUACUGGGAAGCAGAACUCCCUCCAAAUUAUGACAGAGUUGGAAUAGAGAACUUCAUUCGUGCAAAAUAUGAAGAAAAAAGGUGGAUACCCAGGGAUAAAAAAUCAACAUCAAUUUCAAAGGUGCUGGAAGAAAAUUCUUCCGAAUCUAGGCAGAAACCAGGUGAUAGGGGUGCACAUGGAUCUGCCAAUAAUGUGAAUUCUCCGGAGAAGCAGAAUACUGUUCCACCACAGAAAUCAAGGAAGGAUAAUCUAGUAGUUCCUAAAAUACCCAGCCCGGUACCCCCUGAAUCAAAAGCAGAACCAGUCAUGAUUCUGGUAAGUCCUCCGCAGCUUUUAGAGACAGCUCCUGCUGGAGUCGAUAAUUCACCUGCCCUGCCUCCAAAAGUUGAUAAGACACUUGAUCUUUUCAACAUGCUUUCUGCGGAGCACCCAAUUGAAAAUCGGUUAGAAUCAUCUUCAGCUGAUGAUAAUGAAUGGGCAAAUUACCAGUCUGCAGAAGCAACCUGUGCCACACAGAAAAACAAUAAAAACAGCAGCAUGAAACCUGUUGGACACAAGAGUCAAUCUGCAUCAGCAAUUGAGGACCUAUUUGAAGAUUCAACAUCAACCACACUGCCUUCAGAUCCAGAGAAAAACAGCAGCAUGAAAUCUGUUGGACACAAGAGUCAAUCUGCAUCAGGAAUUGAGGACCUAUUUAAGGAUCCACCAUUAGUUACAUUGCCGUUGGUUUCAGAAGACAACACCACUACAAAACCUGUUGAAAGUAAGAGUCAAUCUGCAUCAGUGACCGAGGACCUAUUUAAAGAUCCAACAUCAGUGGUACUGCCUUCGGAUCCAGAGAAAUCCCAAGCAAAUGUGAAAAAUGACAUCAUGAGCCUCUUCGAUAAGUCCAAUAUGGUGUCACCAUAUGCGAUUCAUCAACAGCAGCUUGCAUUCGUCCAGCAGCAGUCUCUUCUCAUGGCCGCAGCUAAAUUUGGUAGUGCACCUUCUACAUUUCCUGGCAAAACUCAUCAACCAGGAGGUACUGAUUCACUUGCACCUGAUGGAAAUUUGCCAGCCCAAAUUUGGCCAAAUCUUGGUUAUCAAGUUCCUGGAGUGUCACCUCUAGCUGGACAACCAAACACCAACAUGCUCAAUCAGAUCGGAAACAUCAGUCAGGCACAUCCAUCUGGCAAUUUCAGUCCUCUUCCUACAUCUAGCAUGUAUGCUGCUGGAUUAUCUGCACCUGUUAAUGGAGCAACCACAGGUGGAGCGAGGAGAAAUUCUACAUCUUCUUCCCCUUCUACCACUCCCAACCAAUCAUUCAGUGAUUAUGAUUUCUCAUCGUUGACUCAAGGGAUGUUCUCAAAACACUGAGCAAGAAAAAGGCAGGUGGCACAGCAUAUUAUGAUGGUCUUCCAUGGUGCCAUUACAAUCUACAUGGAAAGAAAUAUUCAUAUAAAUACAUGGCAGUCGUGGUUCUCCUGCAUAGUGUUGUCAAUAGCAUUAGCGGCAUUGUAUACUUAUUUGAAGUCUCAAGAAUGAAAGAAGAGUGCCUUGGAUCAAUAAAGAUGGGCCAAUUAUGCUGAGGUCUCUGUUGUUGUAAAGUAUGAUAUUUUACCCUCGUCUUGUUUGGAACUCAGAUUAACAUAGCUGCACAUGUAGCUGAAGGCUUUGGAGUUCCAUUGCAACCAAUAUCUCUAUACUUAAGAAAUUCUUCCAAGAAUGAACUUUUUUUAUCAUGGGCACGCAUGUAUCAGAUUGACAUAUCUUUUGAAGAAAUAUAGUGGGGGUUCCUUCCUUUGCUUUUUA